GUUUUUACUAGUUGCUAGACUUUGGUUCCUGUCUCCUCAGAGCUCAAGGAUACAGAGAGACGAGCCAAUAGAACAGACUGAACAGUGAGGUCGUAGUUGCUAGAAGGAAAAUAUGCUGAAGAAAAUCUUAGCAGGAAGUGGUAGUAGUUCUCUGCACACCCGCUGGCGUACGAUAACAAAUCGUUGUUCAUCAACUACCACCAGUGUAUCUUCAGCUGUCAAUUCUAUGUUACUCCGUUCCCUCAAAGAACACUAUCUCGAAAUCUCCAAAAUUGAACCACCACCAAAAAUAAAUCCACCAAAUUCAUUCUCAGUUGUGAAAGGAGCAUUUGAAUCAACUGGCCCUGUUUUCAAAAGAGAUUAUGGUAAUGAAGAGAUUGUUGUUUCUGUAAUGAAAUUGCCUAAUAUUAUUCCUGGUGGUGGUGGUGGUGGUGAUUACGAGGAAGAUGGUAUUAAUCAGUUGUUAAUUCAUGUUGUUGUUUCAAAACCAAAUAGAAAAGAAUCAAUGCAUUUUAUAUGUGGACUUUAUCCAGAUGCUAUAGGAAUUCAUUCCGUAUCACUUGCACCAAAGACCCAAGCUUCUCAGUUGCUUGCUGCUCCAGAUAAAUAUGCUGGACCUACUUUCCAAGAUCUUGACCAAAAGAUGAGAAACACACUGCACGGAUACAUAGAAGAGCGUGGUAUAAACGAGAGUCUAUUUUGCUUUCUCCAAUCAUGGCUUUAUGUCAAGGAUCAUCGAAAUGGACUGAAAUGGUUUAAAGCAGUUGGAAGUUUCAUUACCAAACCCAAAUCAGCUCAAGAUGUUCCUCAAUGAUUUAUAUAAUUUUCAAAAUAGAGUGCAUGAUCAGCCUCAGUCCUUGAUUAAGUGCACACUGUAGUGUAUAGGACGAAAUUGUAUACUGCUUCUAAUGAUUGUUGCAACUUCAAUUAAUCGCUGAGAAGGUCUUCUUUUUCUUUCUUUUUGUGACUUCACUUUCUCAGAAAGCUUAGACGCAUUCUGAUUUAUUCAUGUAUUGAUGAAUAAAGGCAACUGGUUCUAAGAAAUCUAAGAAUAGGUAGAAUCACCUGUUAAAACCUCUCGAGCAUCGAACUACAACUUUCUUAGUAGUUGUUUUAUUUGUAUUGCUCUAGAGUACCCCCAUGGUGACGAAGAUUGUUGGUUUGAAUCAAUGUAGCCAAAUUGUGUUAUGUUUGACACUCA